GGCAGCGGCAGCAGUGGAAGAACCGUGCACGUCGGUUGCAGCGGUGGUGACCUUGCGCACAUCGGCAGCUGUGGCAGCGGCAGCAGUGGAAGAACCGCACACGUCGGUUGCAGCGGUGGUGACCUUGCGCACAUCAGCAGCUGUGGCAGCAGCGGUGGAAGAACCGUGCACGUCGGUUGCAGCGGUGGUGACCUUGCGCACAUCAGCAGCUGUGGCAGCAGCGGUGGAAGAACCGCACGUCGAUUGCAGCGGUGGUGA